AUGGGAGGUGAAAAGUUUGGAUUUUUGAUCUGGGUUUCGUCGAUCUCUUGCUUAAUCUGUCUAUGCCAUGGAUACGUACCUGUGGAUAAUUACCUCAUCAACUGUGGAUCACACACCAAUGCCACUGUAACUGGUCGAGUGUUCAUCUCCGAUCAGCUUGCCUCAAGCCACCUAACCUCUCCCAACGAAAUCCUCGCCGCGAGUAACCGCAAUUCCGUUUCAGAUAUUUACCAGACGGCGAGGAUCUUCGCCGGAACCUCGAAGUACACAUUCUCCGUCGCUCGUGGCCGACACUGGGUUCGUCUCCAUUUCAGCCCUUUCCAGUACCAAAACUUCGAAAUGGGCUCAGCCCAAUUCUCAGUUUCUUCGCAGACGCAUGUCCUCUUGAAUGACUUCACAGCGAAGUCAAGAGUCAUGAAGGAGUAUUAUCUGAAAGUAGCAACGGGGAAUCUCGAGCUCACGUUCACACCCUCGGGGAACUCGUUCGCGUUUGUGAACGCCCUCGAGGUUGUGUCGGUUCCUGAUACACUGAUCAACGGUGAGCCUCCGUUCGCAGGCAGUCCAGGGAAGUUUCAGGGAUUGUCAUGGCAAGCUCUCGAGACGGUUCAUAGACUAAACAUGGGAGGCCCGCGUGUAACGCCUUCUAACGACACUCUCUCGAGGACUUGGGAGCCAGAUUCGGAGUUUCUUAUCGAGAAGAAUCUAGUGACGAGUGUCUCUAAGAUCGCUAGUGUUAAUUACGUUCCCGGUUAUGCUACAGAGGAAACCGCUCCAAGAACUGUCUAUGGUACUUGCUCCGAGAUGAAUUCCGGGGAUAACCCGGCUAGCAAUUUCAACGUGACGUGGGAUUUCGAUGUUGACGUGGGUUUUCAGUACUUUCUCCGGUUUCACUUCUGCGACAUUGUGAGCAGUUCUCUAAACCAGCUCUACUUCAAUCUUUUUGUUGACUCGAUGAUGGUUGUCGAGAAUCUUGAUCUAAGCACUUAUACAUUCAACGUUUUGGCUGCUGCAUACUCGAUGGAUUAUGUCACGGGUUCAGCAAAACAGACUGGUAGAAUCCGUGUGAGCCUUGGUCGAUCCUAUGUUCACACGAACUACCCUACUGCGAUUUUGAACGGAUUAGAGAUCAUGAAGAUAAACAACUCCAAAAGUCAGCUCAGUACCGGAACGUUUUUACCCGGUGGGUCAUCGAGUUCGACCACGAAGAAGAACGUCGGUAUGAUAGUUGGUGCAAUGGUUGGUUCUUUGCUUGCUUUAGUGGUUUUUGGAGGUCUCUUUUUGCUGAUCAAGAAACGAGGUCGAGGAGGCCGAGAUGGUCACUCAAAGACUUGGAUUCCUUUGUCCACCGCUGGAGUAACUUCAGGCUCCUCCAGUGGAACUACAAUUACAAGUGCAGCUUCCAAUUCCAGUUACCGAAUCCCCUUGGCAGCGGUGAAAGAGGCGACGAAUAGCUUCGAUGAGAGCCGAGUCAUUGGAGUAGGCGGUUUUGGUAAAGUGUACAAAGGAGAGCUUCACAAUGGCACGAAAGUAGCUGUUAAAAGAGCGAACCCCAAGUCUCAGCAAGGACUUGCGGAGUUCAAGACGGAAAUCGAGAUGUUGUCUCAGUUCCGUCAUCGCCAUUUGGUUUCUCUGAUCGGUUACUGCGACGAGAGCAACGAGAUGAUCCUGGUUUACGAGUACAUGGAGAACGGAACAUUGAAGAGCCAUCUCUACGGCUCGGGUCUUCCUAGCUUGAGCUGGAAACAGCGGCUCGAGAUAUGUAUUGGAUCAGCUAGGGGGUUGCAUUAUCUCCACACCGGUGACUCCAAACCGGUGAUUCACAGAGACGUGAAGUCAGCUAACAUAUUGCUGGACGAGAAACUCAUGGCUAAAGUUGCAGACUUUGGACUGUCCAAGACCGGACCGGAUCUUGAUCAGACGCAUGUGAGUACUGCGGUGAAAGGAAGCUUUGGUUAUCUCGACCCUGAGUACUUCAGAAGGCAACAGCUCACGGAGAAAUCAGACGUUUACUCAUUCGGAGUCGUUAUGUUCGAGGUUCUCUGCGCGAGGCCCGUUAUAGACCCGACGCUUCCUAGAGAGAUGGUGAAUCUUGCGGAAUGGGCGAUGAAAUGGCAGAAGAAAGGACAGCUUGAACAGGUAAUUGAUCAGUCGUUGCGGGGUAAGAUCAUACCUGAUUCGCUUAGGAAGUUCGGUGAAACAGGGGAGAAAUGUUUAGCUGAUUAUGGAGUGGAUAGGCCAUCGAUGGGAGAUGUGUUGUGGAAUCUUGAGUAUGCUUUGCAGCUGCAAGAAGCUGUUGUUGAUGGUGAUUUAGAAGAAGAUAACAGCACGAACAUGAUUGGUGAGUUGCCUUUACGGUUUAAUGAUUACAACAACCAAGGAGACACGAGCGUUAACGUUGCUGUAGCCAGAAAGGGACGGUACGAAGAAGAAGAAGAGUCGAGUGUUGAUGAUCUUUCAGGUGUUUCCAUGAGUAAAGUUUUCUCGCAGCUGGUGAAAUCUGAAGGACGAUAG